UCUGCCUGCACCCCAGGAAUGGGGGCCCCAGUAACCUGCCUGCUGCUCCUCCUGCACCUCACAGCUGGGACGUCUGCAGAGCCGCACUAUGUGGUGGUGAGCCCAGCCGAGCUCUACCACCCGCACACGGGGACGGUGUCAGUUCAUCUCGGCGACCUCAACGAGACCGUCCGGGUGAGCGUCCGGCUGGAGAGGGGGGAUGGGCCCAGCGCUAUCACCCUGCUGGAGAGAGAGGUCCGGGAGCCCCGUCUGCACGAGAACGUGCGCUUCCAGGUUCCAGCCCCGUCCGGGGGGCAGCAGGAAGUGGCAGAGCUGCACGUCUCGAUCCGGGGAGAUACCCUGCAGUUCUCUGCGCGGAAGAAGGUGCUCCUGCGGGCGCUGCAGCCCGGGACCUUUGUGCAGACGGACAAGGCCGUCUACAAGCCGGGACAGACAAUGAAGUUUCGAAUUGUCAGUUUGGACAAAGACUUCGUUCCCAUUACCCGGAAGCUGCCCCUGGUGACCGUGCAGGAUCCCAGCGGGAACCGCAUCGCCCAGUGGCGAGAUGUGACUCCGCAGCAGGGCAUCGUGGAUCUGUCCCUCCCGCUGUCUGCAGAGCCGGCCCUGGGGACGUACGCCAUCGAGGCGCAGGGGACGAGGCACUCGUUCAGCGUGGAGGAAUACGUGCUGCCCAAGUUCGAAGUGACCCUGGAGCUGCCCCCCGUGAUGACGGUGCUGGAUGAGAAGCUCCUGCUGCGAGUGUGCGGCCGAGACACCUACGGGAAGCCCGUCCUGGGGAGGGUCCAGGCCAGCCUGUGUCCGGAGGAACAACAAGCAUAUCUCUGGUACGGUGCUUGGUGCAUGGAGCUUACUGGCCAGACUGACAGCAACGGCUGCUUUUCCAGAGAGGUGGAGAUGGCUCGCUUAGUGCCGACCGACUCUGGCUAUGGGAUGAUCCUGCAGGCCAAGGCGUCUCUCGUGGAGGAGGGGACAGGGGUGCAGUUCAACACGACCAAGCACUGCAACAUCGUAUCUAAAAUCCCUAUGGUGACCUUUGAGGACGCUGAUGCUACCUACAAGGCUGGAAUCCCCUACACUGGCAAGCGAGAGAGCUCGUCCAAGUCGGACCGCCUGGCGCUGACACUUGCCGCAGCACCGACGACAUUGGCACCGUCAAUUCUGGUCCCACAAGGGCCGUCGAGUCUGGUGCCUGUCAGCUCCCGGGCUAGACCCGUGGUAGAGCUUACUAUCCCGUCCACGCCGGAGACGUUCUCAAUGGUUUCCAACCUCCCACCCGAGCUGCAGUACACCAUCCAGGACUUGCCGUUUGAUGAGGUGCAGUCGCUCCUCGUCAUGGGGGCUAUAGAGGAGGCGCCAAAGAACGAAAAGGGCAAGGGGUUUUACUCCUGUUAUUUCCUAAUCCCCAAGUCGAAGGGUGGUCUCAGACCCAUCCUAGACCUGCGAGGACUCAAUCAGUUUGUGGUAAAGUUGAAGUUCCGCAUGAUGCUACUGGAGACGGCAGGUGGCUCUGCACUGAAGAAUGAGAAGCUGCAGCUCUUUGUUAGCUCUAGGGAUGAGAAUAAGAACCAAACCUUCCUGACAGACAAGUCUGGCAGAGCCUCCUUCGAGCUGGACACCUCCAGCUGGACCGGGAGCGUCACUCUGAGGGGGCACUUCAAGCAGGUGAACGACAGCGCUGAGCAUGACAGAGUCUAUCCUAGUUACCCGGAUGACGAACGUUACCUGCAGCCCUUCUACUCCAAGAGCCAGAGUUUCCUGAAGAUCCGCUGGCUGGGAGGGGGGCUGCCCUGCGACCAGGCCCAGCAGCUCCAGGUGGAUUACGUCAUUGCUAGGGAGGCCCUGGAGAAUGGGUCCAGGAGCCUGGAGUUCAUCUUCCUGGUCGUGGCCAAAGGAGCCAUCGCCAGGAUCCUCCACAAGGGGCUGGACCUCAGGGAGGGGGCUGGGCUGAAGGGCUCCUUCUCUGUGGAGCUGCCCGUCGGCGCUGACCUGGCGCCCGCUGCCAAGGUGCUGGGUUACACGGUGCUGCCCGAUGGCGAGAUGGCUGCCGACAGCUCCCGGCUGCACGUGCCCAAGUGCCUCCCGAACAAGGUGAAGCUGGCCUUCUCGCAGGACCGGGCCCUGCCGGGCUCAGAGCUCCAGCUGCGGGUGCAGGCUGCCCCCGGGUCCCUGUGUGCCGUCCGCGCCGUGGAUCAGAGCGUGCUGCUCAGGAAACCCAAGGCCGAGCUCAGCGUCGACACAGUCUAUAACCUGCUCCCGGAUUUUCCCCGAGGAGACUAUCCUGACGCAGUGCGAGAGCCUGAGUCAUGUCCUUCUACGCACAAUGCCAUUCUAGUUCCUCACUGCUACGGCUUAGGUCCCAGGUGGAGGUGUCGCAGAGGGACUAGCAGCCGGACUACCACACUGGCUAACGCCUACAGCCUGUUUAAGGAUGCGGCUUUGAAAAUUCUCACCAACACCAACACCGAGGAGCCCUGUAAACAUGGACACUUUUUAACACAUGCUGUCCUAGCCUCACCUGUCUGGCGUGGCCCUGCAUUGUCCUCACCAGACAUGAUCCCUGGGGCAGCACAUGUGGACAGUGCAGCAGGGACCCCAGUGAGCAAUGCCCGGCCCGUGCCAGAAGCCUGCACCCAGGAGGAGCCAGCGCCACGUCCGUACUUCACAGAGACGUGGCUGUGGGACCUGGUGCCUGUGGGCGAGGGGGGCUCCAAGGACGUCCCAGUCUCGGUGCCCGACACCAUCACGGAGUGGAAAGCUGGGAUGUUCUGCACGGCGGAGCUGGGCUUUGGGCUCUCGCUUACGGCCACCUUCACGGCCUUCAAACCCUUCUUUGUGGAGCUGGCCUUGCCGUACUCCGUGAUCCGGGGAGAGGCCUUCGCCCUAAAGGCCACCGUCUUCAACUACCUGCGGCAGUGCAUCAAGGUGCGGGUGACGCUGGCAGAGUCUGCGCAGUUCCAGGUGCAGGCGGGUGAGGACGGCGCCUACACCAGCUGCCUCUGUGCAGACGAAAGGAAAACCUUCCUGUGGGAGGUGACAGCGAGCAGCCUGGGGGAGGUGAACUUCACCGUCAGCACCGAGGCUCUGCACACCGAGGAGCUGUGCGGCACAGAGCUGGCCGUGGUGCCGGCCCAGGGGCGAGUGGACACUGUGAUAAAGCCCCUGCUGGUCCAGCCGGGGGGGAUCCUGGAGGAGAAGGUGCACAGCUCCCUGCUCUGCCAGGAAGCCUCCGAAGAAAUCUCCUUGCAGCUGCCAGUGAACGUCCUGGCGGGGUCCGAGCGGGCUCACGUGACUGUCCUGGGAGACAUAAUGGGCACGGCUCUGCAGAACACAGUACAUUUGCUGGCCAUGCCCGAAGACGAUGGGGAGAAGAACAUGGUCCGGUUCGCUCACAACAUCUACAUCCAGCAGUGCCUGGAGAAGAGCGGGCAGCUGAGCCCAAAGAUCAGAGACGAGGCCAAGGGAUUCCUCCAGAGCGGCUACCAGCGCGAGCUGCUCUAUAAGCACAACGACGGCUCUUACAGCGCCUUUGGGGAGAGUGACGCCAGGGGCAACACCUGGCUGACGGCCUUCGUUCUCAAGUCCUUUGGCCAGGCCAGGCCCUACAUCUCCAUUGACGAGAAGCACGUAGAAGAUGCCCUAAGAUGGCUGCAGCGCCGCCAGCAGAAGACCGGCUGCUUCCGCAGUGUGGGGAAGCUGUUGAACAACGCCCUGCAGGGCGGCAUGGUGGAUGAGCUCUCUGUCUCGGCUUACGUCACGGCGGCACUGCUGGAGCUGGGGCAGCCGCUUACGGACCCCAUGGUGACCAGGGCCCUCCAGUGCCUCCGGGAGUCGAGCACCAGCGACCUCUACACGCAGGCGCUGCUGGCCUACGCCUUCGGGCUGGCGGGGAGCACUGAGCUGCGGGACGCCCUCCUGCAGCGCCUAGCCCAGCACAGCGUCAGCGCCGGGGAACAGCUCCACUGGCACGGGAAGCCCAGCUCGUACGGGAACAAGGCCCCAUCGGCGGAGGCAAUGACGGCUUACGUGCUCCUGGCCUAUCUCUCCUUGCCCAACGUAUCUGCUGCCGACAUGACGACCGCCGCCCAGAUCGUCCGCUGGCUCAGCAAGCAGGAGAACCUCUACGUGGGCUUCAUCUCCACGCAGGACACGGUGGUGGCCCUGCAGGCCCUGGCCAAAUACGCGGCCCUGACGUACAUUGCGAGCGGGGCUGUGUCGGUGACGGUGAGCUCCCAGGCCGGGGCCCGGCAGCAAUUCCACGUGGACAACGCCAACCGGCUGGUGCUGCAGCGAGCGGCCCUGCAGGAGAUCCCCGGGCAGUACACGGUGCGGGCCAGCGGCAAGGGCUGUGUCUUUGUGCAGCUGACUCUGCGCUACAACGUGCCGCCCCCAAAGAGCGCCGCGACCUUUGACCUGCGGGUGGAGACGGAGCCGAAGGAGUGCACCGAGAACGCCACAUCCCGCUUCAGCCUCGUGCUGCACGCCCGGUACAGCGGGGAGCGCCCAGCCACCAACAUGGCCAUCAUCGAGGCCAAGCUGCCGUCCGGCUACAUCCCCGUCCAGAGCUCCCUGCGGCAGCUGGAGAAGCAGCCUUUGGUGAAGAGGCUGGAGGUGCAGAAGGACCAGGUGACGCUCUAUCUGGCCCAGCUGACGAAGGAAGCGGCGAGUUUCACCUUCUCCCUGGAGCAGGAUUUCCCUGUGAAGAAUCUCAGAGCAGCCCCAGUGAGACUGUACGAUUACUACGAGAUGGGUGAACAAACAGAGGCUGAGUACAGUGCCCCCUGCGGCUCAGCCCCUGACGCCGACACGAUGGAAAAUUCCCACUGAAGCCCCCACCCCUGCUGGGCAGCCCCCUCCCCUCCCAUCCCGAGAGCCCCGCACCGGCAACUGACACCCCAGGAUCAGGGGAGCACGGACAGGCCUCGUCUCAGCUGCUGCUCUUCCCAGAACCAUCUGCACUAUCCCCCUUAGCACCUUCUUCAUCCAACGCCUUCCCGUUCGCUCUGCAAACAUCCCACCUGCUCUCCCAUCUCUCAGCCCCCAGACCGGCCCGCGUGAUCCCAGCUGUCUGUCACACAAGGGGAUCAGCGGCUGCAGUGGGGACCCCUGGGGUUUGCUGCCCGUCCUGCCUGGAGCCUCAGUGUAAAACAAAAUACAAAAACCCACCUCUUUGUGAGGCUGUUUUCUUGCUUUGUGCCUGCCCUGCUGCUGCUCCUCACAUGGCUCCUGUGCAUCCUUAGAGCAGCCAGAUCCUGGGAUCGUGGCUCUGUCCCCUUCCCCAGCCCUUCGGUCAUUGCUGUGGGGUUUGGCUUUAACCCUGGGUCGGGCAGCGUCAGCGACAGCCCCCCGGGUUCCAGCCCCGCCUGGCAGAGCUGCCCUUGUUACACACGUCUAC